AUGACUGACAACGACGAUCGUUUUCUCGACACCCUCUACUCGCUUACGGAGAGAGCUUCGAGCGAUGGCGAAACAUCGGAUACCCCGUCUGAAGUGAAGAACCUGUUGAGAAAGGAGCUUCCUGAGGAAACUACGCUUCGUGCUAGGAGGUUGGAUGCACUGAUGUUUAAGGCAAAUGGUAAUGAUGCCUACAGGGCUUCCAUCUUACCGCUACUGUUACAAAUUCGAUGCCAAUCGCCCAGCAUUCGGGGUGAGUACGGCAGAACUGCGCUGGAGAUGGCGAUCUUGUUUGGAGAUGUAAAGAUGAUCGAUCGCGCAAUCGUGCAAGCGGAAAGAUUCUCGGGGGGUAUUUUUCAGAAUGGCUAUGCCCGAGCAUCACUGUUGAACCUGAUUUCGUGGCGGCAAGACUCUUCUGAUCGCGAGAACAUCCUUCGACUCUUGUCGAACUUUGUCCUUUGGAAGCCUCGGUCAGAAAACGACGAUGGCCGUAAUGCAGCGCACGUUGCCUGUCUUCACGGUGACUUUAAGGCUGCUAUGGUGACUCUCGAGUUUCUGGAAAGAAAAUCUCCCGGCUUCAUCAAUCUACGAACAACUGUACCGGCGGGUUCGACGACUUGCCUGCAUCUCACCGUGCAGUGGGGUGAUUCUGUCAUGACCCGUUGGCUUCUCGAGCACGGUGCCAGCACAGACAUGGAGGACGCCAGCGGCAACGAUGCAUGGUCUAUGUGCUGUGCUCUUAUUGAAGACGUGGUCGAUAAUUCGAGGGAAAAAUAUGGCGAGGUAUUGUGCGCCAUGUUGUAUAACUACUCUGCAAGGGAGUUCACAAACUAUCGGGCUCGGUACUUGUCCCGUUCCCCCCUUUCUCCGCAGCUGACUUGGACCUCUUGCGACAUUUAUACCAAGUUCGCGUCAGAGAACUACAUGGCUCUUCCAUGUCAAGUAUACAUCAUUUCUGCGAACAAUGACUGCCUGAUUGGGUUGUUGGAUUCUACAUCGAUGUACGGGGGAGGCACCUAUUUGGCGGCACGCCACCUUCGACGAACAUUCAGGGAGGGCGGUAACCGAUACAACGGGCUCAUUUACCGUGAGCCGAGCGUUAUUCAUUAUAGAUGCAAACUACCGCUUUGGGAGGCGGGCCAGAUGCUUGAGAAAGAGAGAGACAUCAUGUCCAUUUCGAUCGGUACAAAGGGCCAGAAGCGGGACUUCUCAACAUUGGGUGCACGCAUAAUUGGCGGAAAAGGCAUGCACGAGGUGCAUCUGCCACUAACCCUAGACGAAUAUUGCAACACGGCGCUUAAUUCGAAUUCCCUGUACAAGCGUAAUUACGAUCAAGUGCUUGUCAGAUACCUAGUUGAACAGGAGAAUUUACAUCGUGGCAAGAACCCUUCACCGUUGGCAGGAUGGACGCCAGCCGGCCAUACGCGACUGCUGAUGGUUCAUCACAUCUGGAUCGACGUCUUGCCCAAGGGUAUUGUCAUCGCGUUUCCAGAGGCGGUUGCGGAGGACAAGGAAGUGAAGGGAUUCCUUGCGCGGUACUCGCAGACCUAUAGGAACGCAGAGCCUUACGAAGAUGCAACCGCCGGCACCCAGAUGCUCCAUGCUGCAGAGCUACUCUCCACGUUUAUCCGCUUGCUCGAGAUGUCGAAUAUGGCGGGGCUAUCAGAGCCAGUGCUAAACAUAUUUCAAAAGUCGAUUACCCAAAUCAGUGAGCAAGUGGAAAAGGACUUUGGGUUCUCGUCGCGGGAGAACCAGCGCCGCUUGGCAGACAGGGAAAGGAAGCUGUUCCAUGACAUUUCGGAUGUGAGAGAGGAGCUUGCUAUGAUUGGUUCCGUAGUAUUUGAGCAGGCCGAGGUAUGGCUUGAGCUGGCGAGGGUGAUGGAGACCAACUACCACCCCACGGCACCGACAGAUGCGCGAGACACGAUGUGCGACGACGGCAUUGACCAUGACAUCAUACCCACGACCUCAAGGUACUUGCAGAAACUGCAACGAAGAAUCGAAAAGCUGGACAAGGACGCUGCGCGUGUGCAAAUUCUCAUCACGCAGGUUCUGGAGAUGAAGAGGAGCUAUAGCGGUAUCCGGGAAGCGCACUGGACUGCCAUGAUGGGCGUGGCCGUCUUCAUCUUUACCGCCGUCACCGUCAUCUUUACGCCGCUGUCUGUCGUCUUUUCGCUGCUUGCUGUGCCGAGGGAUAGUAUCCUCGUUGGUCCGGCCGAUGACAAGACCGGUCUUGUGCGGGACUGGGCCGGGAGCAUGCCCAACUCGGUGUCCGGAGACGUCGUUGAGAGGAGCGGUGGGUGCGGCCAUCCAUGCCAUAGGGUGGUUCAGUUUAUUCAGUCCAACAUUGCGACGUCUUCUGACUGA